CAGAGCAAAUUGUGUACAUUGGAUACGGUUUACUAACCGUUUCUGCCUGUAUAUUCAUGACAAAAUUUCUCAAAAUUUCGAUAUGAGGAGACAGUUUUUUCAUAGAUAUUCUUGUUUUUAUAUUUAGGAUCAACCUUAGUACGACUUGAUCAACAAGUAUGGCGUGGUCUGGGGAUCAGAAGAGGCUUGAAAAUAAGAAGAAGAAUUUGGAUUCGAAAAUUCGGUUUAGUGCAUGGACGCCUAUGAAUCAUCACCCAACAAAUGACAAGGUUUAUGAAGAAAGGAAAGAAGUCUUACAAAAAUGGUUUGAUAGAUGGACAGAUAGUCAGCGUAGGGCGGCCAUCGUGGAUGUAACAGAUAGAUGUAGCCUCGGCCAGCUACAGUUUCUGAAGCAGAUUGUGAUUAAUAAACUACCAGUGGUGCGGCAGGACUUCACUAGGGAGUUACCCAGGGCUAUCUGCUUGUAUAUAUUCUCUUUUCUGGAUCCGAGAAGUUUAUGUCGCUGUGCACAGGUUUGUUGGUUCUGGAAGUACUUAACGGAGUUAGAUCAGAUCUGGAUGCCUAAAGCCCUCCGACUUGGCUGGUACCUGUCCUUCUCACCGAGUCCCUAUGAAGCUGGAGUAUGGAAGAGGCAUUACCUUGAGAACGUCCGGAGCUUGCAUUACAUUGGUCCAAAGGAGUCUACAGUUCCAGCUGCCAGCACGCAAUUAAAUGGUGACACUACGGACAACUCCAAAGCAGAGAAGGGUAGUAAGAGGACCACACCCAAACUAAAGAGUCGACCCCCCAAGCCACUGGAUCACAAACCCUGGAGAGCAUCGGCCCCGGUCGCUGAUGACAUCAAGAGAAAUAACUACUUAGAUAACCCAGACGAGAUUCUCCUUCAAAGACAGAAAAGACUUGAGAAGAAUAAACAGAUGAGAGAAAGAAGGAAUUCCGCCUCGGCAACGGACCUCACUAAGGAGCCAUCAGCCGCAGCCAGGAAGACACCUGGGUCUGUCAGUAUGGCAUACAAACUCAAAAAGGCAAAGUCGUCAUCGAAUGUAAAUGUGGAAGAAAAAUCCUCCAGUACAAUGCCAGACAGACCAAUGUGGGCACAGAACACGGAAAACUUACCUCCAGAGAUGCUGGUCACAGCAGAUACUAUCGGAGGAAAAGAUGCCUCAAGACGCCCUCCCCCUCUAUCUAAGAACCUCCCUCGUCCAUCGGCUGCAGUCAAGAGGAACGACAGAGACUUGCCAGGAGAACUUUUCCAAUCAAGAGGAUGGCAACCAGUUGAUUCUUCAGAUGAUGAAGGCUGAUAUACAUGUAGCAGUCAGGGUACUAUACCUCAGGCUUUGAACUUUGCUCUUGAAAGGCACAGCCAUUUCCCUCUUGUCAAGGGCACCUCGUCAUCAUUCGACAAAGACUGCGUCCGUGGCCGCCUCGUCCUCAGAUUGUAAUGGGGGCGCACUCUUGGAGUCGCCACCAUCACCUGCUCUCUUUCAAUCGCUGCUGAUCUCAGCUCUCCUGCGCUUCUACCACUCCACUUUGUCACCAGGGGGCACCUCUAUGAGGAAAAUGUAAACUUGUACAUGAACUUUGCACAGGGCACCACAGCAAAAGCACAGGGCACCACAGCACUUGCUGUGGGUGACAUUGAUUAUUUCGAGCCCUGAUGCCUGCCGAUGUACUACAAGUUUAACUCCAACUGUGCUCACCUUGUGUGAACUGGCUUUGGUGUUGAGAAUUAACUAUAAGGUUUGAGGAUGUUGCCCUAUCUUACUUGCUGAUGACUGGGUACUUAAAUACGGAUAAUGAGCACAUAGAACACUGCUUAAAGUGUCUGCCACAGUAUAGAGGGUGUGGGGGUGUCUUGGCCGAGCGGAUAAGAGCACCGAGUUCAAGCUCUGAUGAUUUUGUUCAGCAGAGUGUGGGUUCGAA